UAUGACGUCAGAGGUACGCUACCUUAUAUCGGUAGGUGCUAGACUCGACUGGCUCGAAGUGGAACGUCUUGGAUUGAAAUUGCUACCUUAAAAAUGAUAUAUUAACGCAGUUAAUUCGUCGCGAAAUGGUGGACGUGACGUUACAACCUCCAGCCUACCCAGGCAAUGAUGCUAAACAAACUGAUAGCAACUGGAAUGCAGUCCCGAUCAUCACAGUUAGCUCACCAAAAGAUGUUGACCAAUCAGGGGAUAAACUAGUCAAACUACCAAAGCUCCCAUCGGAGCGUUUCAGGUACACCUUGUGGCAUGAGCUGCGCAGCAAUGACCUGAAGGGAAGUGAACUGCACUUCCCCAGGGUUCGUAAGGCACCGGUAGUCAAGGAGAAACUCUUCAAGAGGAUCCAGGAUGAUCAAGGUAGGAAGAUUCACCAUGGUAAGACCGGUCAGGAGAGGAAGGCUCACCAGAGGCAAGCUGAAGACUGGGAAAAUACACAGCAUGCCAACCUAUCGUUUCAAGAUCUCCAACAUGAUUACCAGAGGGAGAACCUUCAUAGCAUCAUGAAAAGAUUGAUCAGAGCUGAGACUGUACAGAUCAGGGAUAAUAAUAUCGUUGAUCUCUCAGACGUUACUUUCAACUGUUGUAGAGAACUGAAUGCAAGCAAGAAUUUCAUCACCUCAUUCAAGAAAUUACCCAGAUGUCCUAAUUUAGAAGUACUCAACCUCAGCGACAACUCCAUCAACACAUUUGAUAGCAUUGGUGUCUUACGGAAGACACGACUGGAAACAUUGGAUCUGAGAAGGAAUCCCAUCUGCUUUAUGGAGAACUACAGACAAAGGAUAUUCAAUGCUCUACCCAACUUGAGAGUUCUUGAUGGCGUCUCUCGGCUGCCUUCAGAUUCUGGAGACGGUCUUUCAUCGACUGGGAGCUGUAUGGUCAUGUGAUCCCGAUUCCAAAGUAAUUUUAGCUCUUGUGAACUCUGGAAGUUGGUCUGAGGCCAAGGGCACCCUCUCUCCUCUCUUAACCUGCAUCAUCAUAAGAUCUUGGGUAAUACUAAAAACUCUGGACACUACGGAAGUUGGUCUUAAAGGGGAAGAUCACCCUGACAAAAAGUUAUUGUACAAAUAGCAGAAAAAUAUUGCAGAAGAUUCUAGAAAAAUCUGUCAAAGAAUUAAAAUUUAUUAGAAUUUUAAUGAUUUGAUUUGUGACGUCACUUGCAAGCAGCAUUCCUACAUAGCGAAUGGUAAAAAAAAUUAAUGAAUUGUCAUUUUCUCAGAAAAUUGACAAUUGUUUUGACUGUACCUUUUGUAUAUCAACAGAAAAUCAGUUCACACCAGAUCAUGAAGAGUAAACAAAAAUAAGUCCUCAGGAACCAUUAAAAAAUGAAAUUCAUUAUAUUUCAUAACAUAUGGGGCAGCUGCUCGUUUGUGAUGUCACAAAUCCAAAAUUUAAAUUCUAAUAACUUUCUUAAUCUUUAGUGGAUUUUCCUCAAGCCCUCACCAAUAUUUUUUUCUGCUAUUUUUACAACAAACUUUCUUCAGGGUGAACUCCCCCUGUAAGGCCAAAGGCACCCACUCUCAUCUCCUUAACGGCAUCAUCAUACGACCUUUAGUAAUACUAAGAACUCUGGACACUCUGGAAGUUGGUCUUUAGGCCAGUAACACACUCUCUCCAAACACUACCCUCCAUUGCAAGAGAGGAUCUCUGAUCAACUGGUAAUGAUGCAAGUCUGGAAGUGGGUCCAAGGACAGGAGCCUCCACUCCCCCUCCCCAUUUUAAUGGGAUGAAAGCAGUGUUAUAAAGGAACCAUUUUUUAGACUCUGCUGAUAAAUCAAAGGCUAGGAAGACCUCUCAAUUCCAACUCACCAAAACUGACUAACCAAUAAUAAGCACAUUUGCGCUGUAAUGUGGUUGCAGAGCAAGUAUCUGCAUCAUUUAGUCAUAUGACCACAACA